CUGCUUAUCAAAACAAACUUUCAGAGUGACGAUUACAAGCAAAAUUCCCCAAAAAAUAGUGAAAUUUCUGAAUAUUUAGGUCAAUAUGAUUUACAAUUUGUACAUUUUCGACAAAUACGGCACGCUGCUGUACUACGGCGAGUGGAACCGGUUGAAACAAUCCGGAAUAACAAAAGAUGAGGAAGCCAAGCUGAUGUACGGAAUGCUAUUCUCGCUGAAAUCCUUCGUGAACAAAAUCUCCCCCAUCGAUCCGAAGGAAGGCUUCCUCUACUACAAAACCAACAAGUACGCACUGCAUUUCGUGGAGGUGUCCUCCGGGUUAAAGUUCGUGCUGAACACGGACACGACCGCGACCGGGAUCAAGGAGUUUCUCCUGCAGCUGUACAGUAAGAUUUGGGUUGAAUACGUGGUGCGGAAUCCACUGUGGACCAUCGGAACCCCCGUCACAUCGGAACUGUUCAAAACGAAACUGGACGAGUUCGUGAAACAAUCAGCACUGUUUGGACCGAAAGUUAUAUAAAUUGAAUAAAACUUUCGCUUUGUUCUUUAACAA